CAUUAAUUUGCAAUUAUUGUACUUCAUCAUCUUCAGAAGCCUGCAUUAAUGGAAUAAUUCAUUGUAGUCCGUCAACCUUAAGCUGUGGAAUGAUUAUAACGUCAGGCCUAAGUCAGAACAGUUACACACUCAGCUGUGUGGCCUCCUCGAUGUGUAACUCUAGCGUGUCGAUGAACUACGGACUUGGGAGCCUUGUGUGGAUUUCAGAGUGCUGCAGCUCUGACUUGUGCAGCACCCAUCAAGUCAACUUGUCUAGUGAGCCCAAUGGACUGGUAUGCUGUGCGGGGAAUGAUGGAAGAUGCCAGAACAUGGUCAACUGCACAGGCAUGGAGGAGUUCUGCUUUGCUUCAGAUGACGGAAUUAAUGUGUACUAUGGAUGUGCUUCGAGAAGUGUUUGUGAAAAUCCAAGAAUUUCAAGCUACGUCUUACAAUUUUCCCUCACUUCACAGACUGAGUGCUGCCAAGGAGAUCUUUGUAAUAUGCUCGCUUCUCCAUUGACUUGUAACAACUGUUCUUCUGAUCCUUCCGGGUCGUGCAACAACACCGCGACUGUCUGUAGCUCUCAGUGGAGACAAUGUGCAUCCAUUCAAGACUUUUACAGAUAUAGCAACGGGUAUGUUCAGAACCAAACUAAGAGAAGCUGCAUCCUCUCAAGCGCUUGUAAUGUCAGCAUAUCAGUCGAGCACGUGAACUGGGCCUGGGGAUGGACCUCACAAUGCUGCGACUCCGAUUUGUGCAACGAUGACGUUAAUACGGAGCCAAAUGGACUGGUGUGCUGUUCAGGGAAUGACGACACCUGCCUCACCACCGUGACCUGCACUGGAGACCAGCACUACUGCUUCAUCUCAGAAACUGAAUAUGAGAAGGGCUGCACGUCAAGAGCUGUCUGCGAGGAUCCAAUAAACGCGUCCGCCUAUCUGCCAGAAACCAUCGGCGCUCACAUCAAGUGCUGCCAAGGAGCCUUCUGUAACAAGCCCAAUUCCACUCUGCUGUGCCAGAAUUGCUUCUCCGGCUCCUGGGAGUUUUGCCAGCAGCAAGUUGUUUCCUGUAAUCGCCUGACGUCCUCCUGUGGGGUCAUCCUGGAGUCCAAUCAUUACGGGAACAAUUACGAUUCUUUUUGCCGAGGCUGUUCAUCCUCUGAUAACUGCAAUGUGAGUCUGUCCAUUAACUAUGGCUAUGGGAGUUACUCGCGGAUCACAAAGUGUUGCAGCUCUGAUCUGUGCAAUACGGAAAAUGUCACCAUGUCCAGUGAACCCAAUGGGCUUUCGUGCUGCAAAUCGACAGAUGGCAACUGCCAGGGGUCUGUGACCUGCACAGGAAUUCAAGACCACUGCUUCACUUCAGAUAUGGGCUACAUGGGAUGCAUUUCCGGAGACGCCUGUGAGAAUCCAGCGAUUGCAUUUGGAUUCCUGCAGACCUUACAUGUCAACUGCUGCCAAGGCACCUUUUGCAACAAAAACUAUGCUGGUUUAGCAUGUGUCAACUGCAACUCUUCUUACUCCUUUGACUCUUGUGGUGAUCUUGUUGUCUCUUGUGACCCUGAGACGUCGGCCUGUGUGUCAUAUCUACAGGCUCACGAUGCCAGCAGCUACACAAAGUACCGACAAUACUGUGGGGCCCCAGUUGGAUGUAACAUGACCGGAUCGCUUAACUACGGAUACGGGAGUAACAUUUGGAGCUCGGUGUGCUGCACUACGGACAUUUGCAACUCAUAUCCUGCUUCUCUUCCCUCUAAACCAAAUGGACUCGAGUGCUGUGCUGGGACAGAUGGGACUUGCCAGAGCACGGUGAUCUGCCUGGGGAUUGAAGACCACUGCUUCAUCUCAGAUGAUGGGACCAACGUCUACCAGGGCUGUUCCUCAAGAAGUGUCUGCGAGAAUCCAGGAAACUUCAGCUCUUUCUUGCAAAUGUCGCUGAGCCAGUGGACGGAGUGCUGUCAGGGGAGCUUCUGCAAUCGACAGAAUCUGACGAUGACCUGCCAGAGCUGCAUUUCUACUGCGAUCGACUACUACUGCCCGAAUGCAACGAUCCAAUGUCCUUCUCAGUGGAGAGUUUGUGCGACUUCUGUAGAGCUGUACACGAGUUAUCAGUUCGAUGAGCUUUUCUACUCCUACAAUGGUUACUACAAAUCCCCAUAUUAUUCUCGUCUCUGUGUGACUCCAGACACCUGUAAUGGCAGCGGAUCUGUUAACUACGGAUACAAGAGCUGGACAAAGAUUGUGGAGUGUUGCACUUCUGACAUGUGUAACAGUGAAGGAGGUGUCAUACCCAGUGAGCCAAAUGGACUGGUGUGCUGCUUUGGAAGUAGUGGUGAUUGUAAGAUGUUUGUGCCCUGCAAAGGCACUGAGGACCACUGCUUUACUUCAGAAAACGGAUUCCUGGGAUGUGCUUCAAGCAGUGUGUGCAAGAAUCCAGGAAUAGCAAACCAAAUCUUGGAAAUUUCGAGCCCUUCACAGAUCUCCUGCUGCCAAGGCUAUCUUUGUAAUAAACCUCCCUCCAUACUGCUUUGUCACAACUGUCAUAUUUACAGUCCUGGGGAAACUUGUGAAAACAAGUCUAACUCCGUUGUGCCCUGCGAUUCUUUGUCCUCGAUGUGCAGUUCUGGACAGGAUGGAAAUGGUGAAGAGUUUCUUAGACAAUGCACACCUACUGAGUUGUGUAACAAAAGUGUGUCUUUUGACUAUGGAAUCGGAAGCAUAAUGUGGACUUUCAAUUGUUGCAGUUCCGACUUGUGCAAUUCUCAGAACGUAGAUCUUUACAUCGGCAUGGUCACAGCAAUCACAUUUGGUGAACCUAAUGGACUUGUGUGCUGUGGAGCUGAUACUGGCAUUUGUGGCAAUCUUGUGCAAUGCACAGGCAUCGAGGAAUUCUGCUUUACAAGUGAGGUGUUGGGAGUUAACACAAGAUACAAUCAAGGCUGUGCGUCACAAAGCGUCUGUGAUACUCCAUGGAGAUCCAACGUCAACCUGCCGUUUACACAUGCCAUCAGCUGCUGCCAAGGUUUCCUGUGCAAUAAGCCAGCUUCCAUGUUGGUUUGCAAUCAAUGUUCUUCCUCUUCUCUGGAAUUGUGUGACAGUACCAUGAGUCUUUGCAGCUUUCAAUUUAACAACUGCGUGACGGCCCUAAGCCUGUAUAGCUCUGGUUCACAUAACAGCAGCAGGUUUGAGCGGGAUUGUGCAAUCAUAAACAAAUGUAACACGGUGGCGUCCUUUAACUGUGGAGUUGUCAGUGAGACAUGGAUCACUGAAUGCUGCGACACUGACUUUUGUAACAAUCAAAGUGUCACAUAUCAUGGCUACAAUGAAUCCAAUGGCCUUGUGUGUUGUGCAGACCAGAGAUGCCAGACGACUGUAAACUGCACAGGUCUUGAAGACAGCUGCUUCAUAGGAGGUAAGGACCACGCUAAGAACACGGAGGGCCUGUUAGCUCAAGCUGCCCUCCCACUUAGGUGUCACCCUAAGCCAACUGCUUCUGAAGACUGAGGACUAUAAGGGACAGAAUCGGCCGUGGCACCUCUGCUAACAUUAUACUUCUUUCAAUCCAAGAAUAACUGUGUUGUUAAUUCUGCAUUUCUCUUAUUGCAUUUAUAUUUUCUAACUAAAACAUUCUGAGAGAUGAGAAACAAUUUGUAAGAAAUGUGCUCUGU